AACCCAACGCCCAGCAGCCAGCACCCACAGCCCUACAUUAAAGUCUCGUAUCAAAUCAAAAUUCACUGGAUAAGAUUUGAUCGAAUGCGACAGUAGAGAAGCCGCUUGCCGGCAAACUGCCGAAGAAAAGCAUAAAUCUGAACUCCACCGACGGCAAAGAUCCGACGUCGUUCAGAUAACCUUGGUUCAGUUACAUGGAAACUGGUGAGGAUGCUGAAGUGAGGUACCCUUCUGAAGAGUGCAUUGAAGAGAAAGGUGUUGGGUCCUAUGCAUUAGAUACUAAUGUAAAACAGACAGGUGAGACUCAUAAACUUUCCUUUCCUCCUGAGACUGAAUUGACUGUCAACAAUGGAGAAAUGUCUCCGAGCCAAGAAGUUUCCUCCGCUGGUGGUGAUGCCAUGGACGUAGACAGUGAGAGUACAUAUAGCUGCCUAAAUGCUUCAAUGGACAAGAAUGGAGUUGAUACUGAUGAUGAACACGAGUUCACUAGCCUGAAUGGUUCCUCUAUUGACAACAAUGGAUUAAAAGAUGAUGUUGAUAGCAGGCAUAAAGAUCAGAGUCCUGAUAUCUGCUCUGUGAACCAGCCGAGAAUCGAUGUUCAAGAUAAGCACGCGUUUCAGACUCCCGAGGCUUUAUCCACGACCUCCUCAGAAUCUGUUCAAGGUAUAAAAGAUGAAGCUUGUGUGUAUCUCGUGCCAAAACUUGGCUUGGAGUUUGAAUCAGAAGACCAUGCCUACAAAUGUUAUAAUAGAUAUGCUCUCAUGGAAGGAUUCAGCAUCCGGAAAGACUUUGUAAAUAGAAGUAAUAUUACGGGGUUGGUGGUAUCAAGAAGGUAUACAUGUUAUAGGCAAGGCUAUGGAUCUGCUAAGCGUGAUUUGAAAUCAAAUAAACCCCGAAAGGAUACAAGAACUGGUUGUCUGGCACAUAUGACCAUUACACGUCAACCUAAUGGAAAAUAUCGUGUCAUUCAUUUCGAAACGAAACACAAUCACGAGUUUGCAACAUCAGUCACAGCUCAUCUGUUACCAUCCCAAAAGAGAAUAUCUUUCGUCGAGGCCAUUGAGGCAGAAUCUGCUGGUAACUCUGCAUCAAAUGGGGUACCGAAGUUGGGUAUGGGUUUUGACUCAGAAGAUCAUGCUUACGAGUUCUACAAUGCAUAUGCAGGGCGACUAGGUUUUAGUGUUCGUAAGGAUUAUGUCAACAGGAGCAAAGUAGAUGGUGCUGUGGCAUCUAGGAGAUAUACUUGUUUUAGAGAAGGUUUUCGGCAGAAAGACAAAAGGGGUUUGAAGGUGAAGCGACCUCGAAAGGAAACUAGAGUUGGUUGCAUGGCACAAUUAGUUGUUUCUCGUCAAGCUGAUGGCAAGUAUCGUGUCACUCAGUUUGAAGAACAUCACAAUCACGAGCUGGUACCUUCAUGUAAAGUUCGCAUGUUGCGAUCUCAGAAGAGGUUUGCUACAAAUCAAGAUGUUGAAUCCAGUGCAUUGGAGGGCUCUAACUUACAGCCAACAUCGCUUGCCGAGUUGUUAUCAAGAGGAGGAGGAGCACAAGGCAAUUUCAGUUAUGAUCCCAUAGAUCUUGAAACUAGGCUCCCGUCAAAACGUUCAAGAAGAAUAAAGCUGGAUGAAGCAGAACGUAUUCAUCAGUACUUUCAGAAUAAGCAAUUAAAGGAUCCAACAUUUUUUUGUGCUGUACAACUCGAUGCUGAAGAGCAACUGACCAACUUUUUUUGGGCUGAUGAGAAGAUGAUGACAGACUAUAGUGAUUUUGGCGAUGUGGUUUGCUUUGAUACAACGUACUAUCUAAACAAAGAAUGGCGGCCUUUAGCACUUUUUUUGGGGUUGAAUAAUCAUAAACAAAUUCUGGUCUUUGGUGCUGCAUUUCUCUAUGAUGACACUACUGAAUCUUUUAAGUGGCUAUUUCGAACUUUCGCUAAAGCGAUGACGGGAAAAAAGCCAAAGACAAUACUCUCUGAUGAAGAUGCUGCUAUUUCUGAAGCAAUCAUAUCUGAACUUCCAGAAACAAACCGCCGGUACUGCGUAUGGCAUUCAUACCAGAAUGCUCUUGAGCAUUUGAGGGAAGUAACAGUCAGGUCAGAUUCUUUUGUUAACGACUUGUGCAGUUGUAUUUUUAAUCAGGACGAGGAAGAAGAUUUUGUUAAUUCCUGGAAGGUUAUGUUGGACGCGUAUGGUCUUUGGGAAAACAAGUGGUUGCAUGAGAAAUUUGAGGAAAGAGAGAAAUGGGCUUUACCAUAUGGUAAGCAUAUAUUCUCGGCUGACAUAGAAACUUCUCGACUCUCUGAAGAUUCCAUUACUACCUUGGAAAAAUACCUUAAGCCUGAAUCACACGUUCUUCAAUUUUUCAAGCACUUUGGGAGGAUGGUGAACGACUGGCGUUUCAGGGAAUUAGAAGCAAAUUACGAUAUGAGUCAACACAUGCCAAGACUACUGGGGGAUGUGGUAAUGCUGAAGCAGGCAAGGGACGUAUACACACCGAACAUUUUUGAAUUGUUUCAGCAAGAAUAUGAAAAUUGUUUAAAUCUUGUCAUUAACCAAUGUGCUGAUACUGCAUCGUCUUCUGAAUAUCAAGUCAGUACUUAUGGCCAGCUUCGACAGUAUACAGUUAUAUAUUGCUCAGAAGACGAUUCAGUUGCCUGCAGUUGUAUGAAGUUUCAAUUUGUUGGAAUUUUAUGUAGCCAUGCGCUGAAAGUGCUAGAUUACUGUAAUAUAAAGAUAGUACCUAGUGGAUACAUCUUGAAGCGUUGGACCCGGGAGGCAAGGGCUUGAAGAGAUGUACUGGAGUCAGUGUAGACUUGUAGUGUAGCAUGACAGUUGAAUUGUACAACGUACCUGCUUAAUUCCAAUGCUUCAUGUGUCGUUUUUAGCUAAGGAGCAGUCUCUUGAUUUCUACAAAUAAGAUAUCCCUCUAAAACUAACUAGAUUUUCAUGUGCAUUUUGGAAAAACAAAAUAUACUGUAUAGUAAUUUUCGAUUGUCUGUUGCA